UCCGCCGGCGCAUGCGACUUCACAUAAACUAAUAUGCAGAGAGAGCGGAGCAGACAAUACACUCGCUGCUAAUAACCAGAUAGCCUAUCGUAUUGGAGCUGAACGCACCGUCAGUGAGUUCGGGACAGUUCGGUUCCUUUGCUGCUGUUCCUAUUUUGAAAACCAUUCUGCCAAACGAACGUUUUGGCAAAGAAGACUGGAUUUUACGCGAAAGCUUGAUGCGGAAAACACAAUUCAAUGAGAGGAGAAUGGGGAAUAUUCAAGCUGAUUAAUAUUUGUGGCAAUGCGUUACCUUUACUUUUUUCAUUCCCUGACAGCUUUAACCGUUGAUGACACCAGCCUCACAUAUUUUGUUUUUCAACUUUCUAUUCUGACUAAUGAUGACGACUAGUUGUGAUGCGAGCUGAAUUGGGAAACUGUGGACAAGGACCUCCGGCGCCGGUGUGAAUCAAUUACACUUUCACUGGAAAAAUUGUUCCUCCUCAUUUUUAGGGAGUGGUUCACCAGGGCGACCAACUUUCACUGACACCACAGGACGCAUGAUGUGUCCAAACCAAAGUCCAUAUUAUGCUCAGUAACGCAGUCUCCAAAAGGACUGCACAACCUUAGCGCAAUUAUAUCUAGAGUCAUAUCCUCCUAGGGCGGAUCGAAUAAGACAGAACGCCAUGCGUAAACAAGAGUUCCAGUGGCUCCCCGAAUUCCAUAAAGGAAUACUAGGACUUCUCCACCCUGUCUUUCUAAAGUACUAGCAGCACCAGACAACCGGACUGCCAGGCUACCGACAGGAUGCAGUCUGGUCUGCCGCCCGCCCAAGCCCUUUACAUCGGGAUGGAGGUGAUUAUCGCCCUGUCCUCUGUGAUCGGGAACGUGAUGGUGGUCUGGGCGGUACGGAUCAACCGUUCUCUGAGGGACACCACCUUCUGUUUCAUAGUGUCUCUGGCUCUGGCGGAUAUUGCGGUGGGGGCUUUGGUCAUCCCGUUGGCCAUCACCAUCAGCAUCGGGCUCAAAACGCACUUCUACAGCUGCCUGCUGGUCGCGUGCACCGUGCUGGUGCUCACGCAGAGUUCCAUCCUCGCUCUGCUAGCUAUCGCUAUCGACCGUUACCUGAGAGUCAAAAUACCCAUGAGCUACAAGCGUGUGGUAACUCCGCGGCGGGCAGGCACGGCGGUGGUGGUGUGUUGGAUGGUUGCCAUCGUGGUCGGCUUGACGCCCAUGCUGGGCUGGAACAACCUGCAGCGUCUCCGUGACAACAGCUCCCUGGUGACCUCUGACCUCUUAGUGACGUGUCAGUUUGAGAACGUCAUCAGCAUGGACUACAUGGUCUACUUCAACUUCUUCGGCUGGGUGCUGCCGCCCCUCGUCCUCAUGCUGCUCAUCUAUGCUGAGAUCUUUUAUAUGAUACACCGGCAGCUCAACAAGAAGGUGACGGCGAGCCACACGGACCCCAGCCGUUACUAUGGGAAGGAACUUAAACUAGCCAAGUCCCUGGCCCUGGUCCUCUUCCUGUUUGCCAUCAGCUGGCUUCCUCUCCACAUCCUCAACUGCAUCACGCUGUUCUGCCCGGACUGUAAAAAGCCCAUAUUCCUUAUCUAUAUCGCCAUCCUGCUCACACACGCCAACUCUGCCGUCAACCCCAUCGUCUACGCAUUCCGCAUCAAGAAGUUCCGGAAUGCGUUCCGUAAGAUCUGGGAACAGUAUGUGCUGUGUAAGGACCCGGUGGGCAAGCUGCCCCAGAGAGGGAGUCAGAGGGACCAGAGCGGAGUGGAGAGGAGGCUGAGGGCGAACCAUGACGACGACGACGUCUGAUCUGGUGAUGAAGAUGUUGGGAUGUGAACACACUGGAUUAUUAGUGCAGAUGGAUCUACAUGACAACGGUUUCUACGUUGAUUUUCCUGCUGGUUAGAGAAUGGUGAUUGGAUAAAGAUGUGGAGGUGGUGGGAGGGAUCCUAACCCUGGAGUGAUUUGACUGAAUAGGGGGGUCCUUAACCUCCGUUUGACCCCACACAGUGAGGGGGUUCUGGCAAGGAAUGUUCCAGACUGAGUGUUGAAAUGUUACCUCACACAGGGUGGACUGGAUUGGCUGAACUAACUAUCCACAGGUGACUGGGUUCUGACACCAUGGGUUAUCUGAUUUCUCUCCAUUCUAGAAUACAGCAGAAUGACAUCACUCCUAUACGACAUAAUCUAACCUGACGUAAGAUAAUAACAACUGAACAGAACAAUGGAGUCGUCAGGUCACCAUGGUGAUUAGGAUUCCGAAUUAAAAGGAAGGAGGAACUACUAACAAUGACUCUAACCAUCUCCCACUGGCUUAGGGAACAAUGAUGUCAUAUGGGCGAAGGGGCUUCCGGAAGGUACCGAUAGGAACUUGUUGAACUCAAUCAUUAAGUGUUUCUUAGUAGCACAUAACGCACACCGCUACUUUUAAACAGGGCCCACAUAGGCUCUGGUCAAAAGUAGUGCACUAUAUAGGGUGCCAUUUAAGAUGGACCCUAUGACUACAGUAUCGGUGUCAGAUGGUUGGAGGGCAGGGCUGCUCCAUCUGUGAACUUUGAACUGAACAAAAGAAACAUGGCCUUUCUAUAUGGACAACCUCACAUGAUCUUUUCACAUGAUCACAAGCUAAAUGUCUCUCUCAUUCUGUAUAUGGAAGAGGAAAAGGUUCAUUCCUCCGAUACUGAGAUGUCAGAUUCCAGAGGCCGUACACACCAAGGGGUACUGAGGGUCAGGAGCAGAGCCAGAUAGACCUACUUUAUAUACCUACAUGGCUCUGGACAGAAGGACAAAGAGAGGGUUGUUUUGAAAUUAAAGAGUUGCGAUAUCCCCACUUUUUCACAUUUGUGUUUUUUUCCAUCAGAAAUUAUUGCUUAUGGGUACCUUCAUGUGUGUGUGUAACAUAUUACUGUUCUCUGAUUUUUAAUUCAUAGAUUUUAGAUGUGAAAUAAAAUGAGUUUAUUUUUGCAAAACACUGUAUAUCCAUUGUUUAGCUGGAAUGGAAUGUUUGUAUCCUGUAUAUUUGACUGUGAUAUGUUGUUGUCUCACAU